UCCGCCAUGCAUGCAUGGGAGCUGACAGAGCUGACGAUUUGACGAAAAAAGAUGGUAGUUACUGGGGAUGAUCAUCGUGACAACGCGGAAGUAGAUGUUACAGAAAAUAUGGAUAACAGUCAGCCCAAUGGUGAACUGGUUCCGAGAACCGAACAAAAUAACGACGAGACAGAAGCGAACACGGAGAAUAAUGAGCAGAGGCAGAAGGCACAACAGUCGCGCUUAGAAUCAUUCUUUACCAUAACAAAAUCCUUAAUCAUACGAGCUCUCAUAAUUUAUUUUAUUAGUAGCCUCUUUAGACGCUCUGAUAAUAAUCCCAAGUCUCCCAACGCCGUUGGCGACGCGCGUUUACAAGCUGUAAAUAUAUUUUCAAAUGGAACAUUAUUUGACCUUAGUGUUUAUCUGUCCGAGUCCGAGAACUUUAAAAAAUUUGACGAUCCGCAAUCUUUGAUUUGGUUCGAAGAGGGUCUGGUUUAUGGAGAUUGGUAUGGCGGACCAAAUCAGGAUGGAUCCAAGGUACUUGAGCACACGUUUGUCCCUUCCGGACGAUUAAAGCAAAAUGGUUCGAUUUACCUGCACAUAUAUAUAACAAAAAGCGGAAAGUCACCGAACCCCAAAGCUGGCAAAGGUGUUUACGCUGGCGACUAUAUAUCCUACUCGAGAAAAAUGUUAAAUAAAUAUAAGAAAAUUAAGUAUCAGAAGAGGCACAACUUGUUGACUGGCCAGAGCACAGCCAGCAAAGAGGAGAUGGAGAAAGCUGAGUUAAUGGAUCAGGAAUAUGUUUCGCACUGGCACCCAAAUUUGACUGUUAAUUUAGUAUUUGAUGAAACCAACUGGGUGUAUGGUCAAGUACCACAGCCGCUGGAUGAAUAUAUACAUUUCUUACCUGGUGGAAAUUUUUACAAGCCAAUACUGUACAUGAAUGAUUUUUGGAACAUGCAACGGGACUAUCAACCAUUAAAUAAUACCGUAGAGCAAUUGGAGCUUAGGUUGACUUACCAGCCACUCUCGUUAUUCAAAUGGCAAAUAUAUGCAGCUCAAUCCGUUAGAAAUAAAUGGACGUCGUCGUUCAUGGGAGAAGCAUCUGAUGACGAUGAUAACGAUCAAGAUACCCUAAAAGAGACUUUGCUUGAAACAAAUCCAUAUCUACUAGGAUUGACUAUAAUUGUAUCAAUCUUGCAUAGCGUGUUUGAAUUUUUAGCAUUUAAAAACGAUAUUCAAUUCUGGAACAACCGAAAAUCUUUGGAAGGUUUAUCGGUACGAUCUGUGUUUUUCAAUGUAUUCCAGUCUCUCGUCGUUCUCCUUUACGUUUUGGAUAACGAGACGAACACGGUCGUGCGCAUCAGCUGCGCGAUAGGUCUUUGCAUUGAAGUGUGGAAGAUCAACAAAGUUAUAGAUAUUAAUGUUAAUAGAGAAAUGAGAGUAUUCGGUAUCUUUCCGAAAAUAUCAUUCCAAGAUAAGGGAUCGUACGUAGAGUCUUCUACGAAAGAGUAUGACAGACUCGCCUUCAAGUAUCUCUCGUGGGCGCUGUACCCUCUGUUGGGAGGAUACGCGAUUUAUUCUUUAAUGUAUCUGGAACAUAAGGGAUGGUACUCUUGGGUUCUCAGUAUGUUGUACGGAUUUCUGUUGACUUUCGGAUUCAUCAUGAUGACGCCGCAACUGUUUAUCAACUACAAAUUUAGCGUCGCGCAUCUUCCAUGGCGUAUGCUGUCGUACAAAUUCCUGAACACAUUUAUCGACGAUAUUUUUGCAUUUGUGAUAAAGAUGCCGACGCUGUACAGGAUCGGCUGCUUCCGCGACGAUAUUGUUUUCUUCAUAUUUUUGUACCAAAGAUGGAUAUACAAGACCGAUCAUACCCGAGUGAACGAGUUUGGCUUCUCCGGCGAAAUGGAGGCCCAAGUAUUAGAGAACAAGAAGCAGGCAGCUAUCAAGGAUCGCCCGAAGGACGGAUCGGCGAAGAAGAAUGAAUAAUACUUGGUGUGUAUAGAUUUAGCAUCAAGUACGUUAUAUCAUAUGUUGUCCCUGAAUUAAUAAAAUAUCCGAUACCAAAGGAAUAUAAUUACACACAUUGACAUUUAUUUAUACAAAUUUCCGCAUAAUCAUGUGUGUGUAAAUGUAUAUUCUAUUUUCGAAUCCACGUGCUGGCGAGCAUACUGCGACGUAUGGCAAAGUAAGAGGCGAAGAUAGAAGUAAAUUCUUUUCUCCAAAUUUAGAAUACGCACAGAGAUAUUUGAAGGAAUUAAAAUUGUGGGUCUAUUCGUUUUUGCUGAAUUUCUUGCACAAUUCAUCUUUCCUUUUUUUCUCUCCAAUGUGAGAAAGAAAAAAGAUACAACCAUUCUGCUAAAAAGAAUAGACUUUAUAAAACACGAAUAGUACAUACAAAAAUAGUAGAGAUAACUCUUCGUGAAAUGUAUCUCGCGAUCCUUCAACAAACUAUAAAUGUAGAUAGUAUGUUCAACACUGUUAUCAUUCGUGUAAAUGUUCAACUACAAAAUAGACACUCGUGACUUGCCACGAGAGCAUGGAAGAAACGUUCUACUGAUUCGAUGUUUAGCCAAACGUCGAAUAAAAAAGGGAAAAUCCAAUUAGCAUCAACGAUUUCAGACGAUGUUAGUAUUCAUUUAUUAUCGGGUCGAGAUGUUGCUACGAAAUAAAAUUGAUUUAAUUAUCAUAUAUCAUACGUGUACCUUUUCUUCUGAGUGAUAAACCUUUUCAUUUGUGUCGCGACAUUUUACGAGAUCACAUAAAAGGAGAAGAUGUGUAUUAGUGGCUCUCUCCUUUUUUAGUAUCCAAGCAUUCAGAAUUUUAUAUAACGAGGGAAGGAAAGAUCGUGCUCACUAAUGCCAUAACGUUGAUAUUACAAAUUACAUUUAAUAUUGUAUUUUAUAUUUUCAUUAGAGUAGUCGUAUAAUUAUCUACCGUCGACUUACUGUCUAAUAUUUUGGACAAUAUACAUUUAUUACAUAUUGCCAUAAUGUAAGUACUCAUUUUCCGAAUGAGAUUAGCGUAAUUUCUGAGCAUCACCGCACGCCAGGUAUGUGCGGUGCGAAGUUUUAACACGGCUCUUCGAGCUAAAUUAUUUAUACAUGCGAUCGCGAAGAUAUUCUGCGAUUGUGGAAAAUUGAAGGUAUUCGAGGAGAGAAACGGCGAUUCAUAUAUUAACGGGUCGUCGAUGCUGUUUAGAUUGUAAAAGUUAUCGUUUAUAAUAAAUAUAGGUAAUUCCUCCUAUUUUUUGUUAUUUUCAUUACUUCUUAAGCAGUGCUCAGAAACUUACAAAAUUUUACUCGCGUGAAAUGAUUGUGUGUUCGAAAAGAAAAAAGAAACUAUUUAUAUCUUCAAAUUUUGUUCAAGUCGAUAUUAUUUCUUACACAGCUAAUCUCUCUGCGCGGAUAAUAAAUCUAACAGAUGAGAAAUAAAAUAUUUUACAUGCAUAUAUAUGUAUAUAUCGUAUUAAAUAGCGAUAACGAAAUGCGAGAUCAGCUGGAAGCGAUGACAGCUGGAAUUGUAUCAAAAUUUUACAAUUAGAUUAAAAUGGUCUAUAAAGAGAAGCAUGCUGAAACAAUUAAAUAUAUAGAUUUGACAAAUUUCAAAUUUACGUUAUAAACAGUACAUCGGUUUUCUGCUACUUUUUUUCUUUUUGUUCUUACAAGAAGGCACUUUUCCUUCCACACUUAUAUGUAGUUGUUGUUAAUGACCUUGCACGCGCGGCAACAACUUUAAUAUAAUAUAGUAGAAUCUCUUUUUAUUCCCUGGCUCUUUUAGCUUUUUUUAAUGCUAAGCAUUAUAUCUGAGAUAAUGAAUGAGAAAGUAUUAUUUACAGAUUGAAACUGUGAUAUCAAAGAUACCAUUGACACAUCUUUUUCGUUUUAAAUAUCUACAUAAUAUCGGUAUUGUGAAAAUUUCAAGUAAAUAUACCUUAAAUACCGGAUAAAUAUGCGAUUAAAAAUAAGAGCUAAAAAAAAAACGUAAAAUUUAAAUCUCAUCGCUAUUUGUGCUCGAAAAGUUCGGUUCACAACGACUCGUAUAUACUAAAACUAGAGAUAAUUCAACUGAAAGCGUGAGCGUAACUUCUAAAAAGUUAAAAAAUAUUUAAUGCGUUGUUUAAUACAUUAUUGACAAUGGAAAUAAUAGCGUCAGAAUACAAUUUCACGUUUUCUUUUCGCAAUAUAUAAUCGUGAAAAACCAUUAAUCUUGUAUAACUCUUUCGAAAGCAACUUUUGGAUAUUAAAUCGGUAAAUUUUCAUUUCAAUUUGCUGAACGACAAUUUAUCGCAUCGCUAAAUUCGAAAGAGUUAAUCAAGAAUUAAAAUAAUAUCUUAUUAUAUAUUAUUUAAUAUCCAAGCUUUACAAAUGGCAAGACAGAUUUCUACGAAUUUCUAACUUUUUUCUAACUUUGCACAAGAAAUAGACUGGAAGUAGUACAUUACAAGCAGUAUCGAUAAUGAAAA